AUGGAUACUGCGCAAAUACACCACGCGACCCCAGUUUAUGGCCGAGAAAGAGGAACUUCAAGUCCGGCUGACUUUACGAAUGACCGUCAAACGAAUUCCAGUUUACAACUUCCGACUCUAGAAACGAGACUCGCCACGUCUACUCCAUGUUCUCCAGCUGAAGAGUUUGUUGUUGAAGAAGAACAACAACCUCUCUCCACAACGGAACAGCAAGCAGGGCCUCUGAUAGCGAUCCUCGGUGGCUCCUGUGUGGAAACAGAGUCAACAGGAUCAAAAACCCGUGUAGCGUCAACCCCAGACAACCAAGAGGUUGAAUUUGCCAAAGCCAUCCUUAAUCCAGCCCCCAGCGAUGAAGAUAUCGAUCGAGGAAUCAGACAGGGCUAUCGGUCUCCCGUCUUUCAAUUCCUGGAAACAAGAACUCCGACUGAUACACUUCCGGAAGACUCGAUCGCUGCCUUGCCAGAAUUGGAGAGAAAUAUGCUAUACAUGAAAAGAAGAUGGUUUUCAAGUCUAAUUCCCGCUUGGCUAGAAGAAAUCGUUGACUUCAUCAUCAAAGAUCGAAAGGACAGCCCGAUUACUAACUUUGUCUGCCUCGGCGUCGGCACUGGCGAUUGGUGCUCGCAAUUCUUGAUAUUCUCGCACGUUGUGGCUCAACUCGGCAGAUUCGAUCCAAGUGUUCUGGGCAAUAUUUACGUGCAGGAUCCAAUGAUGUCAGCAGAACAUCGCUCAUUGUUCAUUAAUCACGGCUGCAAGGUUGUAGAGUCCCCGACAGUGUUCGAGUACAUUAAUGCAAACACGUUUCUCAUGGCCGCAUCCGUCUCGACGGAACAUCUUGUGGGCGGACUGGAAGGCAGAGGGGUUAGGGAACUUGCUCUAUUCAUUGGAAACGGCAAGGGAAUACUCGAUACCGCUAACUCGUCCCAGCAACGUUUCCCCAGCUGGAUCAGGACGGUCGGGCCGCUCUUGGAUGAAGAGCUUUGCUGCCAUCGAGACUUUCCUACCAAUCGUGUAUUGAAUGAGUCUGACGGAGAAUUAUUCCGUGGAUUAGCUGGUCUUGAUGUUUGGUGGAGACCUGUCUUUCCAGAAAAUUCAAUAGUGGCUAUCCGAUACAACUAUGCCUGUGCUCUCGGCUUCCCAGGAAGUCUCGAAGAAUUCGAAGCAGCCUACCGGCUGGGCUAUUCACAGCUUGCCAAACAGCUUCGGGAUAGAAUAGUCUGCAGCUUCGUUGCUGCAUCUCAUGACCGUAAUAGACUGCCUUUCCAAGAAUACUACCGACGAUACUACAUAGCAGAAUUGAACGAAGGUCUGACUGAGCAGCAAAGAAGAUAUGAAGAAGGCAUUGCGAGAUGGCAAUCAAUGAACAAAGUUUCGGGCAGGCAGCGUACUUGGUUGGAAUACAUCAACGGCGACCGAUCCAUUUCGCGUCAUCCAGCAUGUAGGAUUACAGGUUGGAAAGAGCCUGCGCAAAAGUUGCCAUCAACAUCAAAAGAACAGAGAGAGUUGCUUGAAGUCAAGAAGAGGUGGGAAAAUACGGCGAAUGCUAGAAAGCUGACGGAAAUCCUGGACCAAAUCACUCAAGAUCGAAGACAUUCCCUCAUGUGGCGCCCAUCACGAACCGAAGAAGAAGAAUUCGAUUUCCGCUUCAAGCGUGCCAGAGAUAUCGGGUUUCCAAACAAUAUCGACUUCUUCAGAGACGGCUGGAAGAAGGGAUACAAAGAACUUCCAACAUUCAUGCAGAAUACGGUCGUGCUCAGUUAUGUCUCUGGACUUGAUGCAUAUGGUUCCCCGACGACCGAGUGUCGCGACUUCGGCUCCCAUGUUUGGGAAUAUGUAAACAGAAAAGGGCCAUUAAGCGAAAAGCAACGUAUCCUCGAGUCACAUGUGGAUGCUUGGCUUGUUAGGUCUAAUGCUCAGACCAGACGAACGUUCUCUUUCACACAAUAUCUAAAGUGCAGGGAAAGCCUUCAGGUCCGGCAGUCUGGGGCAUCAGGCAGAUCGAAGUGAAAGGGUCAAUAGCGGGCUAAGAUGGUUACUGGUUGGAUUUUGGAGGCUGCUGAAUGCUCGUGUAUUCCCAUUUCCUAGUCCAGGGUAUCAACAGACAGCAAAUGGAGCUUAUUUGAAAUAAGUUCCAGAGAAUCGAGGUUCUAUCGCCAACCCUGGCUGAGACAAAAUGCUAUUUUUGUUUAUUCAUGGGUUGACUUUGUACAGCUGGUAACGUCGCUAUAGCUUUCGCAGUAGGACAG